AGGAGCCAGGCGAGUGUCCUCAUCCUAGCGCUUGGGGCUCGGGCCUGUGAGCCAGUCGGAGUCGCGGCGGCGGGAAGGCUUGAGCGGGACGGAGGAAGUCAUGUUGCUCUUCGUGGAGCAGGUAACAUCUAAAGGAACUGGUUUAAAUCCCAAUGCCAAAGUAUGGCAAGAAAUUCCUUCUGGAAAUGCUGAUGCCGCUCCAGGAACUCAUGGAACGGAGAGCUCUUGGCAUGAAACAGCAGCCACGGCUGGCUCUCGUCCUGAGGGCAAUUCAGAGCUUUCAGAUGAUAUGAAUAAGGAAUAUGAAGUAAUGUAUUCUUCAUCUUGUGAAACUACAAGAAACACUGCUUGCAUUGAAGAAUCGACUGAUGGAAUGAUUUUAGGACCAGAAGAUCUGAAUUACCAAAUAUAUGAUGUUUCCGGAGAAAGCAAUUCAGCAAUUUCUACAGAAGACCUAAAAGAAUGUUUGAAGAAACAGUUGGAAUUCUGUUUUUCACGGGAAAAUUUGUCAAAGGAUCUUUAUUUGAUAUCACAAAUGGACAGUGAUCAGUUCAUCCCAAUUUGGACAGUUGCCAACAUGGAACAGAUAAAAAAGCUGACCACAGACCUUGAUCUCAUUCUUGAAGUAUUAAGAUCUUCCCCCAUGGUUCAAGUUGAUGAGAAGGGUGAGAAAGUGAGACCCAGUCAUAAACGUUGUAUUGUUAUUCUUAGAGAAGUUCCUGAAACAACACCAAUUGAAGAAGUGAAAGCUUUGUUCAAAAAUGAAAACUGCCCCAAAGUGAUAAGCUGUGAAUUUGCGCACAACAGUAACUGGUAUAUCACGUUCCAGUCCGACACAGAUGCGCAGCAGGCUUUUAGAUAUUUAAGAGAAGAAGUAAAAACAUUUCAGGGCAAGCCAAUUAUGGCACGGAUAAAAGCCAUCAAUACAUUUUUUGCUAAGAAUGGUUAUCGGUUAAUGGAUUCUAGCAUGUAUAAUCAGCCCAUUCAACCUCAAACACAGUAUGCACCAGUCUUUAUGCAGCCUGUAUAUAAUCCUCACCAAUAUUCGGUCUAUAGUCUUGUGCCUCAGCCGUGGUCUCCAAAUCCUGCACCUUAUUUUGAAACACCACUGGCUCCCUUUCCCAAUGGUAGUUUUGUGAAUAGCUUUAAUUCACCGGGAUCUUAUAAAACAAAUGCUGCUGCUAUGAGUUUGGGUCGACCAUUCCCCAAAAAUCGUGUGAAGCCUCAUUUUAGGCCAUCCAGUGGUUCCGAACACUUAACAGAAGGCUGUGUAUCAUUGGGAGAGGGACCCUUGAAUAGAUCUAAUUCAAGAAACUUCCCAAAUGAACGGCAUAGCCUAACAGUCACCGGAUACCAGGAGCAAACUUUCCUUCCAAAAGAUUCUCCCAGUUUGCAAAUGGAACAGAAUGGAGACUAUGGUAGGGGCAGGCGAACUCUUUUCAGAGGUCGAAGACGACGGGAAGAUGACAGGAUCCCAAGACCUCAUCCUUCCACAGCUGAAGCAAAGACUCCAACACCAAAGUUUGACCUAUUAGCCUCAAAUUUUCCUCCUUUACCUGGAAGUUCAUCGAGAACACCCGGUGAACUCUCUUUAGAGAGUAGGCUGUCUGAUGUUGUUAAAGGUGUCUUCAAAGAAAAGGAUAAUGAAUUGUUGAAAGUUAGUAGUUGCCCAGUGCCUGCCGAGGAUGAGCAGACAGACUGCAGCGCCACUCAGCAUUUCAGUAUGAGUGCCAGUCCUCCAUGUACAGUUGAGCUUCCUGCAUUCAGCACAACUCAGCAAGAAAAGGAUAUCAUCGAGGAAUCCACUGUUGAGGAUGAUCCCAACCAGAUGACUUUACCAGUUUCUCCUUCCAGUUGUACAAAGCCACCGAUGGCACAGACUGCUUCACCAAGUAACAGUAAUAUAAGUGCAGCUGUAGCUGUGACCCUACAGGAACCUCGAAAAUUAAGUUAUGCUGAAGUGUGCCAGAAACCCCCUAAAGAGCUGUCUCCGGUUCUCGUACAGCCACUGCGUGAACUUCGCUCCAAUGUCGUGUCUCCCACCAAAAAUGAAGAGAACGGAGCUCCUGAAAAGUCUGCUGAGAACCUGCACGACAAGCCGGAAGCAGCAAGGGCUAGUAAGGAUUACUCUGGCUUUCGAGGCAAUACCAUUUCCAGGGGAGCAGCUGGAAAAAUCAGGGAACAGAGACGCCAGUUUGGCCACAGGGCUAUAACUCAGGGAGUGACUCGGCGCAAUGGCAAAGAGCAGUAUGUGCCACCCAGAUCACCAAAGUAAACAAACGACCCCUCCCAAACUUCUCUCUCCUCAUUAAACUUGAGCCGUGGCUGUCUUGAACUGUUUUGGAGGGGAGGGAGUAGCCAGGAAAGAAACAAGAGAAAAUAAGUCCUGAAAUUAUGGAUUUUGGUGAUAUAAGCAGUAGAAUUCCAAAACUCAUCUCUAAAGUGAUUUUAAAAUGCUGGAUGAUU